AUAUUUAUACAUUCAUCAUUUCAUAUAUCUCUUGAAAAGAUGAGACGGAACUGCAACUUGGAGCUCUGCCUUUUUCCUCAAUAUAUUUCUGAUAGAAAUCACAAUCACAACAAUCACAUGGUUGAAGAACAAGAAGAUAGUGAUGAGAGUUCAAUGCAACAUCAGCAACAGCCACUGACUAUUUUCUACGAUGGCAAGAUGUGUGUUACUGAUGUCACAGAGUUUCAGGCCAAAUCAAUCUUAAUGCUGGCAAAUAAAAAAGUGCAAGAAAUAGUGAAGACGCCAACAGGAUCAGAGCCAUCAAAACCAACAAUGGUACAAUCUCCUCAUCAAUCAUGUAGCCAUGCUCCUGGUCUUUCAAUGAAAAGAUCUUUGCAACGGUUUCUUCAAAAGAGAAAAAAUAGGAUUCAACAAGCUUCUCCAUACAAUCAUUAACAAAUUAAAAAAAAACAGAGUCUUUCAAUAAAAAGAUUUUUGCAACGUCACUUUCAGAUCCCAAUCUGAUUGUGUUUUUUUAAAUGGUGGCGUUAAGUUGGAAGAGUUGAAAGCAGGAAAAGUCGUAUAUUGCAUCCUCAAAUGUAGCAAAAAGAGGAAUCAAAAAAUUUAUUAGGUUUUAAUAAACGGUUUAAUACGGUGUAAACGAUCACAACAAAACAGUGUUGGAAGCUGUUGAUACCGUUAUUCAUCGUUUUUAUGAUAAAGAAUGAAUUAUGGUUAAUUCGCACCGCAACAACCGUAAUCAGCGUUGCAACACAUCAAUCGACCGGAAUAACAAAAGUAUUUACGCAACCGCGGCGUGCCCGCGUCCGUUAUUUAAAUCUUGGAAUUCUUAGCAUUGUGGAUCUCAUUAAUCUUUAUUUUAAUGACAAUGGUGUCAUUCCACGAGCUAAGGAGUCUAGAUCUCGCCUACGAUCCAAACACAUACUUAUCCAUCAUCACAUAAUUCAAGAGAUAAUUGAAAGAGGAGAUACACAUGGUACCAACACUUUAUAAUGUGGUUGACCCACUUAGCAAGUCUCUUAUUCUACUGAAGCAUGAUUGUCAUACUGAAACUAUGGGUAUUAGACACAUGUCUGAUUAACUCUAAUAUUAGUGGAAAAAUAUUGAUUUAAGCCCUAGAGCUCAAUGGUUUUUUGAUUGAACUUAAAAUAUGUAUCAUGUUAAUUAUUAAAAUAAAAUACUCUUCUUCAUUA